UCUUGCAAGCCGUGAUCACGAAUCGCGUCGCGUUCUUGCGUCCUCUUUGGUUUCGUGUUCGUGCCUGCGUGCGAGAGCCUGAAAUGGCGGGCGCGGCGGUGGCGCCGAGCGCGUCGGCCGGCCGGAGGCAGGACUAUCCCGGCGGGCUGACCCUGUUCGUGUUCAUGGCGUGCCUGGUCGCGGCAACCGGCGGGCUCAUCUUCGGCUACGACAUCGGCAUCUCCGGCGGCGUCACCUCGAUGGACCCCUUCCUCAGCCGCUUCUUCCCGUCGGUCUACCGGAAGCAGGCGGAUGCUGCGGACGGCGGCAACCAGUACUGCAAGUUUGACAGCCAACUGCUGACCCUGUUCACGUCGUCGCUCUACGUGGCCGCGCUCGUCGCGUCGCUCUUCGCGGCAUCUGUCACCCGCGCUGCCGGCCGCAAGUGGUCCAUGUUCGUCGGCGGUCUCACCUUCCUCGCCGGCUGCGCCCUUAAUGGCGCCGCGGUCAACGUGGCGAUGCUCAUCCUGGGGCGCGUGCUCCUCGGCGUCGGCGUCGGGUUCGCCAACCAGAGCGUGCCCGUGUACUUGUCAGAGAUGGCGCCGCCGCGGAUGCGCGGCAUGCUCAACAACGGCUUCCAGCUGAUGAUCACGCUCGGCAUCCUCAUCGCCAACCUCAUCAACUACGGCACCGAUCGGAUCACCGGCGGGUGGGGCUGGCGCCUCAGCCUCGCGCUCGCUGCAGUUCCAGCCGUCGUAAUGACCGUCGGUUCUCUGUUCCUCCCGGACACGCCCAACUCCCUCCUGGAGCGCGGUCACCCUGAGGAGGCCAAGCGGAUGCUGCGGCGCGUGCGCGGCACAGUCGACGUGGGCGCCGAGUACGACGAUCUGGUCGCGGCCGGCGAGGUGUCCAAAGCCGUGUCACACCCUUGGCGUGACAUCCUGCGGCGCCGGUACCGGCCCCAACUGGUGAUGGCGCUGGCGAUCCCUCUGCUCCAACAGCUGACGGGCAUCAACGUGAUCAUGUUCUACGCGCCGGUGCUGUUCAAGACGCUGGGCUUCGGCGGCAGCGCGUCAUUGAUGUCGGCGGUGAUCACAGGGCUCGUCAACCUCGUGUCAACCCUUGUCUCGGUGUUCACGGUGGACCGUGUCGGGCGGCGCGCGCUGUUCCUAGAGGGCGGGGCGCAGAUGCUGGCGGGGCAGGUGGCCGUGGGCGCCCUGAUCGGCGCCAAGCUCGGGUGGAGCGGCGUGGCGGCGAUCCCAGCGGGUUACGCGGCGGUGGUGGUAGUGGUGAUGUGCGCCUACGUGGCGGGGUUCGCAUGGUCGUGGGGCCCGCUGGGGUGGCUGGUGCCGAGCGAGGUGAUGCCGCUGGAGGUGCGCCCCGCGGGGCAGAGCAUCACCGUCGCCGUCAACAUGCUCAUGACCUUCGUUGUCGCGCAGGCCUUCCUCCCCAUGCUCUGCCGCCUCAAGUUCGUGCUCUUCUUCUUCUUCGCCGCCUGGGUCGUCGCCAUGACGCUCUUCAUCGCGUUCUUCUUGCCGGAGACCAAGGGCGUGCCCAUCGAGGACAUGGCCGCCGUCUGGAAGGCGCACUGGUACUGGAAGCGCUUCGUCGACGACGGCAACGGCCGUGGAGACAUCGAGAUGGGCAACAGCGGAGAAACAGAACUAGCAGCUUAGUUGCAUUCUCUUUUUUAGCCGUAGAUGAAUUAGGUUCAUGUGUUCAUAGUAUUAGACUACCAGCUAAUUGUAUUAUAGCAUUAGUG